CUCACGCUCGUUGACCUCGUCCUCGCAGGAGUGGGCGUGGAGAUCCAGGAGCUGACCUUGCUCGGCGGGCAGGACGAGUACAUCGACGCCAGCUCCAACGCCGACUACGUCCUCGCCUGCAACUACCGCAGCGGUUACGACGAGAACGUCCUGCAGGUCCGCUGGCUCCGCUACGGCUCCCCGGUCUACGUGUGGAGGGCCAGUAGCAACAACCCAUCAGUGUCGGAGCCUUUGCUGGGUCUCGUGGACACGUACCCGAAGAACGAGCCCCACAAUCUCCACUUCACUCGCCUGGGGUACAGCCUCGCCGGGAACUACACGUGCGAGGUCAUGACCCAGGAUUCGUCGGCGAGGGCAUCGUAUGACCUUCAUGUCGUAGACGUGUACCCGAUCCCGUUCGAGGCGAGCGUCGGCAUCCUGAGCGAGGAGGGCGACGACGUCCCGAGCGCCGACGACGUCAAAUACAUCACCGACUACGAGGACGAGGAGACGGAGGUCCACUUCGAGAACGCCAAGUGCACGCUGGUCUGGAGCUUCCGCACGCCCGCCAUCUUCCCGCGACCCAACAUCACCUGCGGCUAUUUCUCCCUCCUGAGCAGCGAGGUCGAGGAGCGCCUCCCCGCCGGGCUCACCAUGCACCAGUUCAGCAACGGGUCGUGGCAGGCGUCCUUCGAGAACACGCACGUCCAGGUGGCCGAUAUCCCGAAGGACAUGAGGCUGGGCUGCACCGUCAAGGUCCCCAAGACGUCCUACAAGGAGGUGGUGAUGCCCGAGGACGACUUUCGCGUGGAUAACCUCAGUGAGUCCUUUGGGAGCUCUCUUCGGGGUCCUAAGAAUCCUUUCCCGUGGUUCCCGUGGUUCUGUAUCCUUGAUUGCCAUCCACUUAGUAACUUGUCCAUAAUUACGAAGUUGUGUGGCUGGAACACGGAACUCUCGAGGCAGCCAAACCCGACGCUGCAAUUGCUUUUCUUUAUGUACAAAGUAAUCAUUCUACCAAUUUGGGCUGUUGAAGCAGAGAUGGCACAAAUGCCCAUACCAGGAUCAUCUCUGGUAUUUUGCAUCCUCAGCUCUGACCAAGAAUCCCUCAAAGAGUCUCUACAUCUACACAAGAGAGUUGAACUAAUGAAGAAACUCAGAUAUGCAUCCCGCUGUCCAUCUGAGAAGCCUUCCCAAUUCUUGGAACUAACCCGACCAGAGCACAAAGCUUGGCGCGCAAACUCGAUUGAACAGAGGAAGAGCGUGUUGCGCAAGCCGUCGGGCGUGGCCAUUCCUGAAGGCUAUCGACGCGUCAUGUUUGCGCGCCAAAAGAGAGCUGACAUUCACGCAGACAAUUUCAGAGGACAAACUAGCUAUAUCGCUUUCUCUGAAUACUUAUCGACCUGA